AUGUCGGAGUCACUUGAGCAAUUUAUGGAAGAUAUAUCCCUACUAUCUGGCUGGAUCUUGCGAAACCUUUCACUAAUGAGAGAAGUAGACAAAAAAAGUAAUGAUCUCGGUAAGAAGCUGGAAGAAAAGUGCAAAAUAUAUUUAGAAACUACUAUACAACCUGAGGCUUCUGGAGAUACUCCAUGUUCAAAUGAAAAUGACGAUCCGAGACUUUUGGAAAUAUUGGAGAUGCAAAGAGAACAAAAGAGAUUAUUAAAAGAGAAGAUUGCUAUAUCAGAUCAGAGUUUACACUUUAUUAGACAUGAUGGGGAAAUUUUAAAAAGACAUUACGAACUAUUAAGGGAAACAUUAACAGAAGAUCUAAUAAAUAAUGACAAUGAUUCAAUUGUAACUAAUAAUUCGGGUAGAUUAAGUGCACCUAGUGGUUCAAUGUUUAAAAAUACUUCAAAUAAACAUAAUAAUACUGUCUCCUCACUAUCUGGUAGUAAUCUUGUUAAAAGAGAUAGUUCUAUGUUAUCUGGAAAUAAUUCGGCCUUUGGAAAUAGUACAUGGUCUUCUUCAAGAGUUCAAAGUACUGAUAUUCAUUUAAAUCCAUAUUCAACAUCUCCUGGAAAUAUUAAUGAUAUAUCUAAUAAGGCAUCAAGGAAACGGAGAGCAUCAACACCAGUAUUAAAUUCAUACCUAGGAACUUGUGAUACAACUAACAAUAAUACUAUACAGUUAGAAUUGCAAGAUACAUCUCAAAAUGAGAAGGAAGAACAAGAUCUUGUUACUAGUAAAGAACAAUUAAAUACUAAUGUCCUAUGUACAAUAUGUGGAGGGCCUGAGAUACUCAAUUGUAAUAAUUUAAUUACAGCAUGUUCUAGUUGUAAUUGCUUAAUUCACACAACAUGUUGUUGGUCAUUAAAACCACUAUUAUGUAGGAAGUGUUAUAAAGCAAAUUCUAUGAAUCCUUCUAAUGAUGGUACCUACAACAUUCUUGGUAUAUCUUCAUCUAUAGAGGAUACUAUUUCAGCAAUAAAUGGCAACUCCAGAUCUGAGAAUAUUAAAACUGUUAAGAAUUCUAGAAAGAAGCAGUAA